CUAGCUGCACAAGAACGGAUGCGACGCUUCGCGAGUACAAAUAAAAUUUUUAAAUAAUUCGCUGCAACGGCCAAUCGCGCAAACAGCGGCUCAAAUCGCAGAUUUUGCUUCCGAAAAAUCUGAAUAAUCCGAAACGAUAGAGUGCGCCAAUCGAAAAGUGUUCGGUGAAGGUGUGAAAGUGAAAAAGUGCAUUGCAGUUACUGCAGUACAAUUCCGUUUUCCUGCCACAAGAAGCAUCUCGGUGGUGAGGUGGUGACCAAAACCAGUUAAGCCAAAGGCAGAAAAGAAUAAAUCCAGCGAAUCCACCAUGGGUCUCAACGGCUGCUGUUCGUGCGUCAAAUAUCUGAUGGUCCUUAUAAACAUUUUAUUUUGGCUCAUUGGCCUGACCAUCGUGAUCACCUCCGUCUGGAUGCUGACAGAUCCCACGUUCAUGCUGUCCAUGACACAAUCCUACAAUCAUUACCAUAUAGCUCUUUACGUUUUCCUGGGCAUUGGCAUACUGAUCACUCUGGGUGCAUUCUUUGGCUGCUGGGGCGUUUGCCGAGAAUCGCAAUGUCUGCUGGUUUCGUUCUUCUGUGUCAUACUCAUCGUGAUGGUGGCACAAAUUGCAGCCGGUGCCUGGGCCUUCCACAACAAAGACAAGCUGGAUGACAUUGUCCGGGCGGCAGUCAAGUCCUCAGUUCAGGAGGAGUAUGGACAGUCUACUAUGAGUUCGCGCACCGUCACAUUCGAUACGCUGCAAAAGAAUUUGAAGUGCUGCGGUGCCGAUGGACCUGGCGAUUGGGCCACGAGUCGUUUUAAUAAUGUGGAUCGCACAAAUAUUGUGGAGAUUGCCGUUUCUUCCAUGAAUGUCUUCUACAAUAUACCCGAAUCCUGCUGCAAGGAUAAUCUAAAAGAUAAUGAGUGCGAACUGUCGCGUCGUCUGAAAUUUGGUGGCCCAUUGAACGCUGCCAUUUAUCAGCAGGGCUGCGUUGACAAGCUGAUUGAUAUAAUUUAUGAGAACUGGGUCACCAUCUUUGCCGUCACUGCCGCUGUUAUUCUGCUGGAGCUGCUCUCCCUGACCUUCGCCCUGAGCCUGUGCUGUGCGGUGAGGAAUCAGCACUACAAGGCCUGAGAAUUACAGAACUCCCAUAGGGAAAUCACGGACGAUGAGAAGUACUAACAAACCAAAUCGAAACGGAUGCAUUGCGAGCGUUAUUACUGAAGGCGUGCGUGCGAAUGGGGUAAAUGCAUUUAGCAGAUAAUGUCCGACGUCCCCAGGUCAAUACUUUAACAGCAGCAAAAACGACAGAACAACAACACGACAACACCACACUUUUGUAGUACUUUUAACCAGAAGACAAACGACAGACAACAAGCUGAGCAAUUGUAUUUGAGAUACGACACCUUUUGGGAUUUGUGGAAAGUUUUUAAAGCACAAGCCACGCAAUGUCGCGGAAGUCAACUUUAUAUGAACUUGAUAUGCUAGCAGAGCGAGAAAAACAAAUGACACUUUUCUAAACAACAUAUUUCUACAACCAAGCAAACAAGAAACACAAACAUUAAACUUUAUAUAAACAUAAACAAUAGCGGUGGAGAAACAGCGAUGCAUGCAUGAAUAUUUUUAAAUCAUCGUUCUACUAUGGCGAAUAUUAAUGAUUUUGCUAUCUUUUUUUUAAACAUGUUCAAUAUGU